UAGAUCACUUACCAUCCGCCAACAUGUCUCAGCAGUAUUACUUUUCCAAGUUUCUCGUUACUUCUCAGGUUAUAUAUGCAUCCAAGUACUCCUUUGCUUUGGUGAACUUGAAACCAAUUCUUCCUGGACAUGUUCUCGUUGCCCCAAAGCGCAUUGUUGCUCGUUUACGCGAUUUGUCCAAGGAAGAAAUUGAUGACUUGUUUGAAAGCGUGCAAGUGGUGCAAAAUGUAGUUGAAAAGGCUUUCGGUGGCACUUCCUCCAACAUUGGAAUUCAGGAUGGCCCAGAAGCCGGGCAGAGCGUCCCUCACGUUCACGUUCACAUUAUUCCGCGUAAAAAAUUGGACUUUGAAAACAACGACGAUGUUUAUGUUCAUUUAGAAAAGAACGAGGCAACGAUGAACAGUGAGUUUGACAGCAACUCAGCAAUUGCCAAGGAUGGCUUGCCCAAGGCUUCUAUGAACCGCAUUAUACCUAAAGAUGAAGACCGUGCACCCAGAACUAUGGAAGAAAUGGUGAAAGAAGCCAAGUGGUUGGCAUCUUUGUUUAAAGAAGAUGCUCAUUCCUGUUGAUUUCUCUCUGAGACCCUCGCGUCCACGUGUCCGAUGUCUUUCCCGCAACAAAGCACUUCACGCACCGCUUAACUUCAACCUUCAUUCCAUCCUACUUAUCGUAUGUGACGUCAUGUUUACGUUUGGGUUUUGUGUUUAGGCGGCGGCGGCGGCGACAACGACAGCGGCACUGAAGUACUCAUAAGAACAUAAUCAUCUUUUAACGAUCCGCCGUGGUUUUUGUGCUGUAACCAUUCCCUU